AUGUGUAUCGCACAUUUUGCGCCGGGACUCUCGGCGAAACCUUUCCAGGGAUACCGCUGUGGCUGCUCCCAUUUGCAGGGGCACUUCCAGAUCGGCGUCAUGGAGAGUUUCGUUGUUGACAAGGGGCUUAUGAGUCGUAGAUACUUUCCAAGUUAUGCUAUAGAUUACCCAUUCAGCCACUCUUUGUUUGGAAUGGCCUACGUCCUUGUGGCCGAGCGUAAGAUGGUAUCAAUAAAGGACGGAGCGGUACUGAGGCUGUUGGCAGUGACUCUCAGUCACUUCCGCCUCGAAAUUCCAUCACAUCGCCAAGAUAUCAAGAUCACUCCAAGCCACUCCACUCACCUCGGAUCCGGAACAUCCAAAUGUGCACUUUUCUUUGGAGGCUUAUGGGUCUAUAGAACUUUCGCCCCCAUUGCCACUCGGCUCGGUUACAAGAGGCAUCCGGCGCGACUAUGGGGCGUUGCUGCGAUCUUGCUUGUCCAGCAACCACAUUUCUAUUUCGGAGCGGCGCCUUCUACUAAGUAUGGAGACUAG